AUGGAAAAAUACAACUACCCAUACAUGCCGAUGAUUGGCCCCUCUUCGAUGGCCGUGGCAAAUAGCUAUAAAGCGAUUGCCACGCCAAUGGAGACCAAAAGAGUCCCCGAAGUUGUCAAAGUAUUGAUGAUUGUAUUUGCUGAUGAGUCCGGUACGGGUCUCAGCUCCGAUGUCCGGUUUGUUGAGCGGGAGUUUAAACGGCUAGGUUACGAAGUCGACUGGUACAAAUUCUCGAGACAGAAACAUCUAUAUCAAUACCAUACCCUCAGACUAACAAGGAAACUGGCAGCCUUUCUGCGCGAGGGGGAAAGGAGCCAGGAGCAAGGGAAGGAGACCUUACUGAUAGUCUCUUAUUUUGGACAUGGAGACGCUUACGUUGAUAUGGAUUCUGAUGGUCGAAGGAUCUUACAAUUUCAGUUUGCCAAUGGAGACGGAUCAAGUAGGGUUCCCUGGAAAAGCAUUAGUGACGAUAUCAUCAACGCAAAAUGCGACACCCUCAUCAUCCUCGACUGUUGUUAUGCCGGCCUAGCGGCCAUCCAAAACCCGAGGAGCGAGAAGGAGCCCGAGCUAGAAUGGACCGAAUUUAGAAAAGAGCUGAUCGCAGCUUGCGCUUGGGAGGCCGUCAGCUACGGCUAUAUGAAAUCAACGAUGUGCAAAGAGCUGAAAGCGGCCUUAAAAUCCGAGGGCCAUAGAAUGUCUACCAACACACUCAUUCGUAAGAUGAAUUAUGAGAUGGUGUAUGAGGCCACUCUUAGAUAUCAGGAAAACCAAAGACAAAAUCGCAGCGGACUUGCCCCAGAACCUGGUAUCCCACAAACUGUACAUUACCUUCUUCGACGGACGAAGAAAGAAAUGAUUGUUUUACCCAUGCUUGCCGGUAGGGGUCGCAACGAGCAGGAGCUGUGCAGGGGAGUAAAGAGGCUACUGAGUCAACAGGAUCGAAGUAAGCCGACGAGCGGAGAACGGAUUAAUAAACGCGUCAAGCGGCUUAGUCGGAUAGCAAAAGAAGGGCAGAUAUGA